AUGACCAGUAGGCAUUGCUAAUUCAGCUGCAGGGGAGCGGGACAGCCUCCACCUGAUCUGGCUGAUCUACCUGCUCUACAGGAUAAUUACCUGAAGAGCAAAUAUGCAGAGAGGAGUAAGCUCAGAGUAAAGUCGAAGUCACAGCAGCGCACAGGUCACUUGAUGAGCUCCUAUCGUUACUGUCGCAAACCCACCAAAAACUGAUACCCUUGAUGUGUAAACGUGGAGAAAGACCUGUCUGUGACAAGAGAAGGGGAGCAGGACAAGAGAAGGCAAACCUAGACAAACAAGCUUAUGCCAAGACAUUAGUGUGAGACGCAAAGGACCUGCUCCUGGGCAGACAACCAUGAAGUGAGAGUUGUGCGUCUACUGACGGGAAACUGCAGAAAGAGUGCAUGUGAACACGGUGCUUUGAGAGCUAUGGAAAUACAAGCGGCUGUCCUAUGUAUGCAGGUGGGAAAAUGCUUCUUCAAUUUUUUGCCAUUCCUCUUUCUACGAGAAGCUCGCAGUCAGUCAUCUACCAUUUCCCUGCUCAUUCUCCUAAUGACAGACACAGUCAUCACAGGAUUCCUGCUAGGUCUAUGGUUUGGUGGUUGGUUACUAUCUCCUAGCACAGACGUGGUUUUCCUGAGAUUUCUAUCAUUUCAAAAUGAGACCUAUCGAUCUAUCCCUCUGCUGAUCCCAUGGAUAUGCUUCAGUGAAGAGUGGAGUCGACCACGUAUGAACAAGUGGAGUGGCCAAUGCGUGGCUGAAACCCCUCUCUCCGUACAGUCUCGUCUUCUCAGUUUGACUUGUUGGCUAAUCGCCGCUUUAUAUGGCAAGCAUAUGAUUCCAGAAUAUUUAGACAUCGCACCAGAAUGUGCCCAUGGGGAAUGGGAGUGCCUUUUUACAUACAUUCAUGCAAGCAGAACCUGUGAAUGGCUGCUUCUAGCAAUUGGACUAGUACUUGGCGCCACUUUAUUUCACAGUACUAUGGAAAAAAGGGAAUCAAUCUCAAAUAUAUGGUUUGAAAAAAAGAGAACGUUCAAGCAACUAGUGCCACCUCUUUUACUUAUCACAAGCAGCGUAGUCGCCUUCUACUUUCUCCCCCCUUUCAUCGCAGUAUGUUCAUGGUCUAUACUGGCUUUAGAUUCUCUUUGCAGCUUCUUAAGGUUUCAGGUUUCUCAGCCACUAAACACUGUAUACAGUGCACUGGAACAAGUGCAAGUCAAGGACGGAGAACACAUCAUGCCAAAAUAAUAAUACCAUAGAUAAUUUACUGGCAUUUCCUCUAUGAAUUGUAGAACAUGCGCUUUGUGUUACAUUAUGAUUAGGGGGCAGCUCACCACUGGCCUUCACCGAGCUGGAAGCUUUUUCCUUAGCUUUUAGUUUUUUACCUUGCAUGGGGUUUGACCCUUAAAGGAUAACCGUCAUAUGUUUUUUGCUAGUUUAUUAGAGCUAGGCCUGUAUACCUGAGUUAGUCUGUCAACGAUUGUCAAAAGAUCUGUAAUUACCUUAUAACAGCUUUCAUUAAUGUCCCCUGUCCCU